GCCGUAUAUAUAUAUAUAUAGAUAUAUAUAUAUACCUCAUCUUGAUUUGUUUAAUUUGUACCAUGAAGCUUGUUUUUCCUACCUCCGUUUUGUUCUUCCUUGUAAUGAUCUUGAUAGCUCCUGCUCUCAUCCUCUCACAUGAACCAAUUACUUCCAGUACUGAUGAUGGUCAGAUCAAAAACUAUAUCCAACUUGAGCUCCCAGGGGUUGUUGGCCCUGAAAGCUUUGGCUUUGAUUGCCAUGGAAAAGGACCAUACAUUGGGGUCUCCGAUGGUAGAAUCCUCAAGUGGGAAGGAGCACAAUUGGGUUGGAAAGAGUUUGCCAUCAUCUCAGCAAAGAGGAACAGGAAGGUAUGUGAUGGCUCAACCAAUCCGGAUCUUGAGCCUACGUGUGGGAGACCACUAGGCCUUAAAUUCAACCCUGCAACUUGUGAUCUUUACAUUGCAGAUGCCUAUUUUGGACUCCUAAUGGUAGGACUCUCCGGAGGAGUAGCCAAACAACUUGCCACUUCUGCUGAAGGAGUACCCUUCAGAUUCACAAAUGCUUUGGACAUCGACAACAAAACUGGAGAUGUUUAUUUUACAGACAGCAGCAUUUUGUUUCAAAGAAGAGAAUGGUUACAUGUAAUCCUAACGGGUGACACAACAGGCAGGCUGAUGAAGUACGACCCACGUACCAACAAAGUGAGUGUCUUGCUAAAAGGUUUAGCAUUCCCAAAUGGCGUGGCUCUGAGCGACGACAGGUCGUUCCUUGUGGUUGCAGAGAGCGGCACCUUCCAAAUUCUAAGGUUUUGGCUUCGAGGCUCCAAGAGUCGUCGUACAGCAGCAGAAGUUUUUUCUCCCCUCGAAAGAUCCCCAGAUAACAUCAAGAAGAACAGCAAGGGAGAAUUUUGGGUGGCAUUAAACAGUGGAAGGGAGCUCCAAAAUAUUGGUUUAAUGGAGUCACGACAUGAAACUGAAACUCCAAUCAUGUUGGGGACAAAAGAUGUCGUGGCCGCGAAAUACGAUGAAGAGGGAAAAAUUAUAGGUGUGUUGAAUGGAAAGGGUGGUGAUUCACUUGAUUCUGUAAGCGAAGUUGAAGAACAUAAUGGGUAUUUGUGGAUUGGCUCUGCGGUGAAGCCUUUUGUUGGUGUUAUCAGAGAUUAAUAAGAUCGAUAUAUCUCAAAAUAUCUGCAUAAUA